CCCACCACUCCCAUUAAGGCCAGACGCGACUGAGUUGUCUUCCAUCGUAAGCACUGGUGUACGCGAAGUCGAAAUUAGGUGACAAAUGAGGAUGACAGAUGCUAUCGUGCUUUCCACGCGCGUUACUCGUUGGCACGCACUACCAAAAUCUCAGAGUGGCCUGUCAUUCCAUGGAUUCAGCUGCCGAAAAGUAUUGGCUUUUGAAGGCUGAACCCGACACGAGGAUCGUCAAGGGAAAAGAUGUAAAGUUCAGCGUGGACGACUUCGAACAAGUAAAGACAUCCCCAUGGGAAGGCGUACGUAACUACGAGGCGAGGAAUAUCAUGAAGGACAUGAAGAUCGGGGAGAAGGCCCUCUUCUAUCAUUCGAAUUGCAAGGAUCCAGGCAUCGCUGCGUUCGCUGAGGUCUCCAAAGAAGCUUACCCCGACCACACUGCAUGGGAUUCAUCGCAUCCUUACUAUGACGCGAAAUCAAAACAAGAGGACCCGAAGUGGUUCAUGGUCGACCUGACCUUCUCAUCUCGAACGAAGAACUUCGUUCCGCUCGCUCUACUUCGUUUCAUCGCGGACCAAGCUUCGACGUCUAACAUUCCGCCUGGGCUCGAGUACAUCGGUGAAGAUGGUGUGGCUGCAAUAAAAGCCAUGGAACUUGUCGCCCGAGGUCGACUCAGCGUCCAACGAGUCACACCAGGAGCGUGGGCAGCGAUCUCUUUACUCGCAGAAAACGGCGGAUGGUCUGAACUGGAUCUUUCUGGUAAAGCGAAAGCUAAGGCCAAGACACCCAAGAAAGCUGCCGCAGCAGCAGCCCGACCGCGGACACCGAAGCCGAAGGCCAAGGCUCCAGCACAGAAGAAAAAGCGAAUAUCGAAAGAUAGUGAUGGCAGAGAUGAGGGAGAUGCAGACGAUUAUGAAGAUUCCGAUGCGUCUGAGGUAGAAGUCAUGUCAAAGACGACUAGUGCACGGCGUAAGCGUCUGGCGGAGGACUAUCAAGAGCUUCCACCCUCACGGCGUGCCAAGACGAAAUAAUGGUUCUGUAAUGUCUACUCUUGUAAAGGAUCUAUCAGUAUCUGCCUUGACGUCCAGAGGUUCUGGGCCGGUCUGUCGGCAGCUUGCAUUUGGUCAGAACCACUCGACGCUCUCGAGCUGCUCCUACAACGCAGGCCUACAUAAGAGUUUGAUUUCAUCAAAUCUAGCCCGUUUUCAUGAAUCUUUGUGACAACAUCACUCCGAAAUGUCUCAAAAAGACGACCAAUCUCAUUUCUCCAAAAUUGAUUACUCCACGGGUGUCAUUCAUCGGUACAUACCCCCGAGAUCCGCUGCAUAAGGGGCCCCAGAUCCUCGUUCUUUCCCAGCUGCGCAUUCAUGCCCGUUGAUACAACAGGAAAAACUACCUCACGCCGGCAGCCGCGCGCACUGACGGAGGAAGAACAGAAGGAUAUUGAAAUUAAACGACUGCGGGGUGAACUUUCGUGCGCAGAGUGCAGACGACUUAAGCUCAAAUGUGAUAAAAGCGUGCCGUGUGGGUCUUGUGUGCGGAGAGGAUGUCAGAGUAUCUGUCCCUGCGGCAUAUUAUCCGGUGGCCAGGGUACCCGCUUCAUCCUUGCAGACACAGAUCAGCUUCAUUCGAAGAUCGCCGAAAUGAGCCAAAGAAUCCGACAACUCGAAGAAGCUCUCGCCAUCCUGCAAGCCUCAAUAUCCAGCGACCGACAUCCAUUGCUUGCCACCGACCUGCUAAAAAUUAAAUUCGCGGCCGAGGCGCCAGCAGUCUCACAACCGGUUGACAAGGAGAGUGAGGAGCAGGGUAUCGAUGCACUGGGAACCUUGACGUUUGGGGAUUCAGGCGAGGUCAUGUAUUUCGGAAGGUCGGCUGGGACGGAGACCUUGCUCUGUGCAGAAGACUAUGAUUCUGAUAGCGAGGAGGAACAAACGGAUUCGGAACUGCCUCGGUCUCUAUCUGCUGACAUCGUCGACCUCGACUCCGCCGAAUUUCCUUGCGGCCAACCCAAUCCAGAAAAGCAUGCGCGUCUACGCACCCUUCUUCCUCCGUUAAAGCAAGCGAUCGAAAUGUGCGAAGGAUAUCUGGCGCAUGGGGCUCUCUUUUUCCGACCAAUAAAGCGGGACGAACUUCUUGGGACGUUUAUGCAAUCUAUAUAUGCGAACACUCUCGACGACCCACACAGCCUUGCUACUCUCUUCUUUAUAUUCGCCGUCGCCUCUUUGCUGGAUAUGAAGCUCCCGCCAUUCAGUGCGGAAGCUGAGCGUUUUUACCAUGGGGGAAAGGCCGCAUUAGGUCUGCGAGCUAUCUACGAUGCGCCGCGAGUGGACACUGUGCGUGCAGUGGGCAUGAUGGCAACCUACCAUAGUUUGGCUGGGAAGAAGUACUCUCGAGACAGUGCUUGGUGUUUGAUGAGCAUCGCCUCCAAGGUGGCUCAGAGUAUUGGGCUUCAUCGUGAUUGUGCUCGGUGGAAUAUGGACCCUGGCACCGUUCAGCAGCGACGUAGACUGUUCUGGGAUGUAUUUGCAGCUGAUGUGUCUCAUGCAAGGCAUUCUCACGUCUUAGGGGAUCUCGCGCUGAUGUCUAUCAGAGUCUCGCAAUGGGCCGGCCACCAUCGAUUCCUCUCGCCUACGUUGAUUGUGAAUAUCCAGAAGACGAAGAGUCUUCACUAACUGAUCUUGGCGAGAUCCAACCCGGAUUCUGGCAGUCGAAAUACAUCUUCAAUCGGGAUAUAUGGGUUGGUGUAGCAGAGGCAACACUGUCUGCGAAGGUGCCAGGUUAUUCGCGCGUCCUCGAGCUCGAUCGACGAGUUAGGGAACUCAGUGUGCCGGACUCUUUCAAACCAUACGCCACUCGAGCUGAUGGGGAAGAGUUGUAUCACUCCACUGAAGCUAGCUUACGGGGCUUUUACGGAAGCCAAUACCGAACCGUUACUAUGAUAUAUCUCCAUAGAAGUUUCUUCGCACAGGCGAUCCUCGAUUUUCCAUCGAACCCACUUCGAAGUCCGUAUGCGACGUCUUUCCUGACAGCUUACCGAUCAGCGAGUGUUGUGAUCAAGGCCACUGCAUACUACUUUGACCGCAGUCACGAAAUGGCUAUGAGGGCAUGGUUUCUAUUGCAUCACACGUUCUCCGCCGCCGUCAUCGCUGGGACAAUCGUUACCCUGGCUCCUCAGUCGAAUGUGGCAUCCAGUGCGCUGCUGGAUCUAGGGCUGGCGGUGGAAUUGUUCCAAAGGUCGGCCAAUCGGUCACACAGGGCAAAACUGGCAUCUGGAGUUUUGAUCAAGCUGAAAGAUCGUGCCGUACUGGCCUACACCCAGCACUCCCAAGUGCCAUCUCCUACUGGAGUUCCAUCGCUCGGAACAGACGAGCUGGCGAUCUUUGGUGGUCAGAAACGUGUUCUAGCCCUGAAACCCAAGCACAAGCGCAAAAGCCAGACCCCCCGUAGUCCUGCGUCGCAACCUAGCCCGACAGCAAUGUCGCUGAGUGUCAGCAGCACUGGUGACGAAUUCUCGUGGUUGGACGAAUUGAUCGCCGUCAAUCCAGCGACGUCAUCGAGCCAAGAUCUGAACAUGUCCUUCGCCGGUAUCCCAGAGGACAUAUACAAUAUGUUGUAUCCCAGCUCGAGCUCCAGCGUGAUGCAGCCGAAUAUUCCCAUGGAGACCGAAGCGAAUCCUGCUUUGCUGGAUCCCAAUUUAUUCUCAAAUCCCGGGUACUAUGGUUAUGGGCACAGCUCGGGUCAAGGCGGUGCAAUGGUAGAGCUGGGACUGACUAGUGAAUCUGGAAUGGACGACGGGUGGUCUUCGUUUAUCCAGCAGUGCGGUGUCACGCUGGGCGAAAGUCCUCCGACAGGGGCAAGUAUGUGAACCCCAGUUUCUGUCGUUGCCUGCGCAUGUAAUGUUAUGUUUUGUAUUUUUACCAGUUGCGAGGAUGGCGAUUCUGUAAAUUGUGCCUGCCAAUACAUAAACGUGCUGUUUGUACGUGACUUACCUGGCUCGCUCGUUUCCAUGGAUCUCCGCAUUGGUUGUUCUGUAUCUUGUCGAUGUCUGCACCUUCAUUUCCUUCACUUCCACCGACUUGCGGCCCAGUGACCCCAGUCGAAGCAUGCACAUUGCAGGACCUCGCUAGCCG